CUCAGCUGGCGCCCGUCAUCACCCUGCCUCCGGCGUGCCCAACCGCCCAUGAACGGUGGGGACGUCCCCUCCCUUGAGGAGAUCUUGUUACAGGAAAGAUUCGAUGUGGCGAGGGCCGUUGCAUUUGCGGUCCUCGCUUGUCUAAGCUGGGAGGCUUGCAUCAACCUUUCAUUCGACGUUGAUUACUUUUGGGCGAGCACGAGGGGUAUUGUCAAGACUAUCCAUUAUACUGCGAGAUCGUUCGGUGUUCUCUCCCAAAUAGGCAGCGUAUACAUCAAAUACUACUUCAAGUACCUCGAGAAACCCACUGAUUCAAGAUGUCGGAAAUGGCUGAUCUCCCAGUUUUUGGCGCUCAUUUUGCUAAUGUUCAAUCUGGAGGUUUUGUUGAUGACUAGAGUUUACGCACUCUACGACCGCAACUAUCGCGUAGCAUGGGGUCUGGGGAUUUUCACAGUCCUGAAAUCUACCGCAGCCGCUGUCAUUGUAGCAUUUACAAUUAUGAGGGCGCAUUUCGGACAAGCGUGCAUAUUGACAUGGGUGCCGCAGGAGCUCAUAGUUGGACUAUCGGCUGUGGAAAUUGCCACUCACUGCUUGAUCAUUGGCUUGACGGUUGUGAAGUCGCUCAGGUCGGCUGGGGGCCGACCCUGGUGGUCCAUUUCCCUUCUGAGGAUGGUCAUCAGGGACUCUAUUUUAAUCUUCGCCACCUUGACCAUUCUACAUGUCAUGUUAAUCACAGACAUCUCCGGUGAUGGAAAAUUCAUUAGCAUGAUUCUUCCGGUUAGUAUAGGCGUUUGUUCCAUUUCGGCCAAGCUGCAGACCUGCCGUAUCAUCAGAAAUAUGCGCGAUUUCUCUCCUGGGAUUACCCUCCACUCGAACACAGAUUAUUGCACAGAACUCACUGUUGUCACGACCAUCCCAUAGGACGGCACUGUU